UAAUAGUAUACUGGGUUAAAAGAGUUUAUUAUAAGUAAAUUUGAUAUUAAAAGUCAUGGAAUAUUGAUGGUAAAAAUAUGGUGAUGUAUUUUUGUUAAAACUGUUGUAUGUUGCACAUGUUAUUUGAUAAAUAACUAAAAGAUAAUGUUUAGUUAAAAAAACAUGUUAUGACGAGUUAAUGGGUUGUAUAUGCAACUUGUUUAUCUGUGGUAAUUGUGCUGGAGUCUAAGAGUCGGUUUUGAUUGGGUGAUUCGAGUGGGCAUGAGGGGAGUGCAUGAGCAGGUGCGGGAGGGGCGAGGUGGAGUGUGUGAGCGGAGUGAUGGACAGAGACGAGGGAAAAAGAGUUCGGAGAACUGUGUUAGCUUUGCAGACGAAGUAAAGUGAGAAGGCUUAACUAACGUUCAUACCAAGCUGUGGACUAAUUUCGGGAUUGUCUACUCGACAUUCUGUGCUGGGAUUAUGUCUGCUAGUUCGUGGGAAGUCGAAGAAUCCACCGAGGAGUCUUGAUUGACUGUUUCACGGGGUAUGUAAUGCUAGCUAAAUAAAGUAGCACAGUAAGCUACAUAGUACAUUCAUUGGAAAAGUGAACGGACAGUAUAUCUUCAGUUAGCUAGCAAAGCUAAUCAAGUGGACUUAUAAAACGUUUUCAACGAGGAAACGCUGAAGAAAACCAGAUAGCGCUCUGAGCUACCAGGCUGCUCAGAGUUCCUCUGGCCACGUGGGAAAAGGACGCCGAAGGCUCAUCUCUUUUGCUCCUGAGGAGUCUGUCCCCGCUCACGGGAAUCGACGCUUCGCUCCAGUAGACAGUGACUGACGGUAGACCCAUUCACAACAAACUCACAGAAGUGCACCAGUUACCAGGUACUCAUUCCUUUUAUUUCUCUGCUCAUAAACUGAGUGAAACGACCAUUUGGUUUUGGGUCUCAACGUACACGAGCCACGCAUCAGGCCUGCAUCGUUGUUUGAAGUGGUUUUGCCGGCUGUAUGUGUGAGUGUUAUAGUGUGGGCCCACUGAUAUUUGUUGCAGUUAAAGUGCAUUUGUGGUGUGGUAUUAUCUUGUAACAGAACUACUGAAUCACUGCGGAUCUUGUGUGGAUAUUUGAUUUAUUGUAUAUUGCACCAAUUGUUUAUUUUGCAUUUAUUUUAUUUAAUAUUUUUCUAAAUAAUAAGAGACCUUCGUUAAUCAUAUACCAGAGUGGUGUUCGAGUAUUUUAUUUCAAAGCCAGUUAUCAUAUUUGGGUUUCACAUGUUGAUUACAAGGGAAGCUAAGAUAGUUGACGCUGGGUUUCAGUGUUGAUAUUAAGAAACAAUAAUCUAAAAGAACUCAGGGCCCUGCCCAUACAUACUUGGUAGAGGGUAGGAGCGCUACAUAAAAUGGAGGCACCGCUGGGAUUGUCUUAGCUUUCCAGCAAAAUAUAGUGUUGAUUUGAUAGCAAGUAAAAUAAGCCCAUAAAAAAAAAAAAAACAAACAAAGGAAACAGUGAAAAUGGUUGACCAUACUGAGUUAGAGAAAGAACUUGCUAAUUGGAGCCGUGGUGAGGGUUUAGAUAGAGCUCAUGCCCUGUUAGUGGUUCUCCCUGAAGAGGUAGAGAUAGCUCAAAUUGAAGACACUCUCACUACUAUAAAGUGCUUAGGCCGUGUGCGUGUCCGAGGGAGGUUGUUCAAUGCAAGGCUAGGCAAGCUUAUGGUUUUGUGUGAAACUAACGAAGAUUUAAGUACUGCGCCUGUUCCUCCCUAUGUGCAACCCUCUGAGGAAGAAGAGCCUUGGCCCAUAGUCAUUCUUGGAGAGUUUUCUCCUACAGCUGAAGACUUCAGUAGCAAAUUGAAAGGCUUGUUUCAGGCUGAAGGUAGGAGUAUGGAUGAUCUUCAAAGUCUGCUGAACCCCACAGAAUCCAUCUUGAGGGCUGUUGGGGAUUUCUUAGAGAAGGCAACCAAACCUCCAUCUGAGGGUGGAGGUUAUCGACGCCUGCGUACCUUUUCCGGAGUCUCGCCUGUUCCAGUAGGUGAGGAGCAAUUUGACCACUGGAUGGAGCAAGCAUGGCUCAUGGUCAAAGAGAGCGACUGCUCUGACAAAGAAAAGAUAAGAAGGCUGAUGGAAAGUCUCAAAGGGCCUGCUUUAGAAAUAGUUAAAGCGAUGCGAACCACAGAACCUACUGCUAGUCCUGGAGCGUGUUUAGAGGCGCUUGAGAGUGCUUUUGGGACUGCUGAGUCUGGCGAUGAUCUUUACUUUGCUUUCCGCUUGAUGCAGCAGCAGACAGGAGAAAAGUUGUCUGAUUUCCUCCGACGUCUGGAGCGGUCUUUGGUUAAAGUUGUCCAGAGAGGGGGCCUUCCUUCUAGCAACAUGGGCAGGGCCCGUGUAGAACAGCUGCUGAGGGGCGCCAUUGCAUCUGACUUGAUGUUGAUACAGCUUCGCCUAAGGGAAAGAAAAACAACACCACCUACCUUUCUACAGCUCCUGAGUGAAAUCAGGGCAGAGGAAGAGUAUGAGGCUUCCCGGAAAAAGCUCAACAAUACAGUGCAUCAAGUGUGUGCAAAACAGGAAGGUGAUAGCAAACAUGCUGAAAUACAGAGCCUUAAAGCUGAGAUCAAAGAACUCAAAUCCAUGGUCACAGCAGUAGUGACAAAGUCGGUUCUUUCUAAAGAAGAGUACUCUGAGCCUGCUAGUGCCUCACCCAGCAUUGACGGUAAAGACCCCGAGCUAACAGCUUUAAAGAAACAAGUCAAACGACUGCAGCAGAAGCUCACCAAUAAGGUGCGUGAACCAGAUGUUUCGCCCAAUCCAGCGACAGUCUCUGCCAUGGAGGUUUCAAAGCCAGUGUCUAGUUUCCCCAGGAGAACAUCCAAAGUUGCAGAAGAGAACUUUUGUUAUCGUUGUGGGGAUAAUGGGCAUUAUGCUGGUAAAUGCAAAAACCCAGAGAACCAAAGUAAAGUAAUUAAGAGGCUAAUCCAAGCACUUAAGAUGUCUAAGGAGGAGCAGCAGUCCAGCAAUGCCAAAUACACAGAGGUCAACUGCAGUGUGAAGGAAGGUUCUGUAAUCACACAACCAACAGUUAGCUUGCCAGAAGGAUUGGUUGGCCCCCCAAGCAUUGUGCCAUUGAAAGUCGAUGGGCAGCCCUGUGAUGCAUUGUUUGAUAGUGGCUCCCAGGUGACAAUUAUUUUUGAGUCUUGGUAUCAGAAGCAUUUGCCAGAUGUGCCACUGCAGCCAGUGUCUGGGCUUGCCCUCUGGGGUUUAACUGAGUCUAAUAUGAGCUACCCUUACCGUGGGUAUGUUGUGGUGGAUCUUGAAUACCCUGCUGAAGUAACAGGUAUCAGCCAGACCCGGACAGUCCUUGCACUAAUCUGCCCCAGUCCCAGAACUCCAGGCCAGGCCCCAGUCAUUGUUGGGACCAAUACCAGUCAUGUCCGACGUAUGGUCGAGCAAUGCACAGCCAAAGGCAUUGACCUCACUUCCACUUUUGGUAUUCAAGCCUGUUUUGGAGAAAAUAAGUCAUCUCAGAGUGGGGCUGCUUCUGACCCCGACAGUGAAGAAGAAGUAGGGUUUGUUAGCUGGCAAGGUCCAGGUCCCCUGACCAUACCCCCUGGCGGUGACUUUGAAGCGGUCUGUCAUGUUGAGUUUAAACACCAGGUUGAGAAUGAGAUCCUGAUGGUUGACUCAUCACUGACUGCUCCGCUCCCGGCUGGUGUGUUCCUUCAGCCCAUGGUCAUUCCUGGGGAUGCAGUGAAUGUCAGCAGUUUCAGGAUUUUGGUCCAAAACCAGUCACUCAAACAGACUGUUAUUCCUAUGGGAACAGUUUUGGGAAACAUGUAUACAGUUGAGUCUGUCACCACUAUUCCCGCUAAACAACCAGUGUCAUCAGAGUUUGAUAAAAGUGUCAUCAACUUUGGGGAUUCCCCAGUGUCCGAGCAAUGGAGGGAGCGACUGCGUCAGAAGCUGUCCGAGAGAUCCCAUGUCUUCUCCGUGCACGAAUGGGACGUAGGAUUAGCAAAGGGAGUAGAACACACCAUCCGCCUGUCGGAUGCACGGCCCUUCCGAGAGCGGUCUCGGCGCCUUGCUCCAGGAGACAUUGAGGAUGUCAGAAAGCACUUGCAAGAGCUCCUGCGGGCGGGGAUCAUAAAAGAGUCCCGGAGUCCAUACGCGUCCCCUAUAGUGAUCGUGCGAAAGAAAAAUGGAACUAUUCGGAUGUGUAUCGAUUAUCGUUUCCUCAAUAGUCGAACAAUUCCUGACCAAUACACAACACCAUGUAUCGAUGACGCACUUGACUCCUUGUCAGGAAGUAAGUGGUUCUCAGUCCUGGAUCUGAGGAGCGGCUAUUACCAAAUAGCCAUGGCCGAUGAGGACAAAGAAAAGACGGCAUUCAUCUGCCCACUCGGCUUCUAUCAGUUCGAGAGGAUGCCGCAAGGGAUCACUGGAGCGCCUGCAACAUUCCAAAGACUAAUGGAAAAGGCUGUCGGUGACAUGCACCUGCUGCAGGUCCUGGUCUACUUGGAUGACCUAAUAGUCUUUGGAAGGUCAUUGGAAGAGCAUGAAGAGAGACUUCUCAAAGUCCUUGAUCGCCUCGGAGAAGUGGGGCUCAAAGUUUCCCUUGACAAAUGCCAGUUCUGUUUGCCCAAGGUAAAAUACCUGGGACACAUUGUUUCGGCAGAUGGUGUUUCCCCUGACCCCUCAAAGAUCGAGGCAGUCACCAGUUGGCCUCAGCCUAUGGACCUGAAAGGCCUGCAGUCUUUCUUGGGCUUUUGCGGCUAUUACAGGCGUUUCAUUGCCAACUAUUCUGCCAUUGUAAGACCUCUGACUGAGCUUACUAAGGGAUAUGGUCCAACUCAGAAGAGUAAGAAGCAUGUCAAAGAUCAAAACAAGUCCUAUUUGGCCGUUUCUGAGCCUUUUGGUGCGAGGUGGGAUCAGUCCUGCACCGAUGCAUUUCGCCAGAUAAUAUGCUGUCUGACUCAUGCACCCGUCCUGGCGUUUGCUGACCCCCACAAACCCUACAUUCUACAUGUAGAUGCCAGUUUAAAGGGACUUGGUGCAGUCCUUUAUCAGGACUAUCCUGAAGGCCUUCGUCCUGUUGCAUUUGCAAGCAGAAAAUUGAGUCCGCCGGAGAGGAACUAUCCGAUUCAUCAGCUGGAGUUUCUUUCCCUGAAAUGGGCAGUUGUUGACAAGUUCAACGAUUAUCUGUAUGGAGCCAAGUUCACAGUACGUACAGAUAACAACCCGCUCACCUACGUGCUCACCACAGCUAAGCUCAAUGCUGUGGGACACCGGUGGCUGGCAGCCUUGUCCACAUACAAUUUUGAUAUCCAGUACCGCCCAGGCAGACACAAUAUAGAUGCAGACUUGCUCUCAAGAAACAUGCCGUUUGAACAUGAACAGAAUGCAGAGGAAUGGGAGACCAUUUCACAGACAGGAGUGAAGUCUAUAUGCCAACAAGUCCACAUCGCAAGCUCCUACAAAAGCGAUCAGAGGUGUGUAGAUCAGUUGGGAGCCUCUCCUAAGUGUGUCCCUGACAUCUAUGCUUUCCCAACACAUGUGGAGCUGAAUUCGUUGGGGCAGAUGACAAAACAGGAGCUGGUGAUGGCUCAAAAGAACGACGCAGUGAUUGGACCAACUAUCCAGGCAGUGAACCAUGGCAGCUGGCCAACAGAUACCAGUCCAGAGUUGUCUUGCAUGAAACGAGAACUUGGGAAGUUGAUCAUGAAAGACAAUCUGCUGCAUCGUUUGGUUAAGCGUCCUUCUGGUGAGGAGGUAAGUCAGCUCGUCUUGCCAAGUGAGUUCCGUGCAGUAGUUUUGAAGUCCCUACAUGAUGACCUUGGUCACCUCGGAAUUGAAAGGACUACUGACCUCUUGAGGAGCCGUUUCUUCUGGCCUAAAAUGUCAGUUGAGGCGGAGGAGUAUGUAAAAAACUGUGGCAAGUGCAUUACUCGCAAGGCUCCUUGUACAAGAGCAGCUCCAUUACACCAGAUUAGAAGCAGUGGGCCUAUGGAUCUAGUGUGCAUUGAUUUCCUUUCGAUGGAACCAGAUUCUAAGGGGAUUAGUAAUGUGUUAGUGAUCACUGAUCAUUUCACACGCUAUGCACAGGCUUUCCCAACCAGAAAUCAGAAAGCGCAGACUGUAGCCAAGAUUCUGGUGGAUAAAUAUUUUAUCCACUAUGGUCUGCCUGCUAGGAUCCAUUCGGAUCAGGGAAGGGACUUUGAAAGUCGAUUGAUCAGAGAGCUCUUGAUGGUGAUGGGAAUACGGAAAUCACGGACUACACCGUAUCAUCCGCAAGGCGAUCCACAACCGGAGAGGUUCAAUAGGACCUUACUGUCCAUGCUAGGUACUCUCAGCCAGGAGAAGAAGUCUCAAUGGAGCCAGCAUUUGGGAUAUUUGGUUCAUGCCUACAACAGUACAAAGUGUGAUGCUACAGGUUAUUCACCAUAUUUCCUUCUGUUUGGUAGAGAAGCCAGACUCCCGGUUGAUUUGUGUUUUGGAACUUCUCCUGAUGGCCAAGAUGAUGUUUGCCAUGCACGUUAUGUGGCAAAGUUGAAGGAAGACCUGCAGAGAGCUUACCAGCUUGCCUCUGAAGCCUCUGACAAAACUCAUUUGAGAAACAAAAGGUCAUAUGACAAGAGGGUCAUAUGCCAGCUUUUGGACAUAGGUGACAGAGUCCUUCUAAAAAACUUGGGGCUGAAAGGAAAGCACAAACUUGAGAACCGGUGGAGCCCUGUCCCCUAUGUGGUAGUGGGAAAAAUGCCAAACCUACCAGUGUACAAGUUAAAGCCAGAAGCUGGGACAGGAGGUGUAAAAACACUCCACAGAGAUCAUAUCCUUCCCAUUGGACAGCAUGUGAGGAUGCCUGAGGUGGAAGAUGAGGAUGGCUCAUCGGUUAGGGUAAAGACCAGAAGUGGAACCCGCAUGAGGCAAGAGAAAGUUUCGCUUGAGAACCAAGAAGUCUUCCAAGAGUUACAGGAUUUCUCUGACUCAUCCUCUGAUCUGGAGUAUUAUGUACCUCAGAGAUCACCGAAACCCUACCAUGCUUACCUGAAGCAGUUUCCGCAAGGCACCAAAAACAGAACAAGGUGUUCACAAGUCACUCAAGAGGAUCCAGAGAAUGUUCAGGAGUCAGAGGAAAGCCUCGCUGAGGAAAGUUCAGCGGAAGAGAAGAGUGCUAAUGAACCAGUUCGGUUUGUGGACAAACACCAACCUGAUCAGAAUGCAAUUCCUGAAGAUGAAACUGAUCCUGACUUAGAGUCUGAACAGGAGGCAUACCCUGUCAGUAUAAGAUGUAGGGAUAAGAAAGGUCCCAGAUCUGAUACCCGUUCUAAGAGAACUGUAAAACCAGUCCUAAGGCUAACUUAUGACGAGCCUGGUAAAAGUAAAGAUCAACCUCUUACCAUAGUACACAGAGGUGUUGUUAUUAAGAUAGGAAAAAGCUAAAGUGUGCAAAGCCAUGAUACACCCUUCCUAUUGAGUUAAGUGUUCAGUUCAUUGGUCUG